AUGAAUACUACACUUAAAAAUACUGAGCCUAAUAAACAAAGCUUAUGGAUCCUUAAUAUCUUUAACAAUAUGAGGAUAAAUAAAAUCUUGGAAAGCUUAAAAAUAUCAACAACCAUCACUCAAGCUCAAUGGAAAGAACAGAAACUACAGGACGCCUAUUUUGCUGAAGCUGAAGUUUUUGGAAAAAGAAUUAAUAUGAUAAUCGACACAGGAGCUGUUGGAUGCAUUGUCAUUAAAAGUUUUCUAGAUUCAGUAAACAAAGAAAUAGAAGCUUUUACCAAUGUCCAAAUUGUUAGUGUUAUUGGAGUGAAAACUACACCAUUAGGAAAGAUGUUCAAAGUUAGUGUUAAAAUAGGAAAAUUUAAAAUUAAAGAAGAUAUGAUUGUAACAGAAACAUCAGGAUAUAAUGUUUUACUUGGAAAUGAUUGGAUCACCAACCAAGCAAAA